GUGCCUCAGGACCAGCUCUCUAGCUGUGGCCAGGCCCACGAUGCCUCCACCAACAAUGGCAACAUCGUAUGAGCUGAAAAGAUAAACAAGCCGCAGCGUCACUGAAAACCGAGCCGGAGCUGUCCGGAAAGCACAAACAAAUCGCGCGGUCAUAAGAGCUGCCCAUGCUCCUCGCGUGUAAAACCAGGGCGAAACUAUGACGACGCUGUUAACGACGGCCCACAGCGUGAGCGCCUUAUGGAAAGCUCCGCCACUAGGAGGCAGCAGACAAUUCUGGGGAUGGCUCAAUGCUGUGUUCAACAAGGUGGACUAUGAACGGAUAAAAACGGUGGGCCCAGACCGUGCAGCCUCUGAGUGGCUGCUGCGCUGUGGGGCCAAGGUGCGGUACCAGGGCUUUGAUCGCUGGCAGCAGGACUACAACGGGCUUCCCACCGGUCCCUUAGGAAGGUACAAGAUCCAAGCCAUCGACGCCACGGAGUCCUGUAUCAUGUACCGGGGGUUUGACCACUUGGAUGGUCUGAAACAUUUAGAAGAGAUAAAGUUCAACAGGUGCAUGUACAUAGAGGACACAUGCAUGGAGAGGCUGAGCCAGAUCGAGAACCUACAGGCCAGUCUGCGUAGGGUGGAACUGGUGUCCUGUGGCAACGUGACAGACAAGGGAAUCAUUUUCCUCCACCAUCUCAGGAAUCUGGAGCACCUGUUUCUCAGCGACCUGCCGGGAAUAAAGGAGAAGGAGAAAACGGUGGAGAGACUGCAGACAGCCCUGCCAAAGCUGGCCAUUGAGCUAGACCUGCCAUGACUGGGUCACUCGUCAAGACUUGACAAGGUGGCCUCCGUGGCAACGAGAGCAUUCGGACCGAAGUAACUGUUGUGCUCUCACAUAAAGAAUUUCAUUUAUGUGUGCAUGGAGCUCAGGAAAAUUAGUUUUUCCUACAACAACUGGGUUACCUGGGGUUCAGAAAUUCUAUAAGCUGAGGACAGCAACAUUUGGAAGACUCAUACAAAACACUCCCAAAA